CCUGCAAACGCCGCGAGAUCUCCAAAAUAAAACAAAAAAACAAAAAUCGUUAAAUUUAACACCGCUAGGUUAAAGUGGGCCCAAAGUGGGGGUUCUUGUCUCUCUGAUCUUACAAUCUCCUUGGGCGGUUACUGCGGAGGAUCCCGACCCCUCUUCUUUUAGCUGUCCGAACGAACCAUGAGUUCCUCGAUCCAGAUCGUUGAUGAUGUGAAGCAAGCUGAAAUUGUGUCUCCUGUAGAUCAGGAUGGAAAGAAGGCUGAACUAGUGAGCAAUGAGCUGAGUUUCGGGAACCAUGGCGGGUGUUGUGCAAUAUGCUUGGAUACUAUACCUCUUCAAGAAACUGCUAUGGUUAAAGGCUGUGAACAUGCUUACUGUGUGACGUGCAUCCUCCGCUGGGCAAGUUACAAAGAGAUACACACCUGCCCACAGUGUAAGCAUCCUUUUGAUUUUCUCAAUGUCCACCGCGCUCUUGAUGGAAGCGUGGAAGAUUUUAUGUUCGAGGAGAGCGUAUGCCUCCUCCUGAGAGCAUCGUGGUUUAAGCCACUUGAAGCAGUGGAGCGGGUCUCAUACCAUGACAUUGACAAUUAUGAUUUCGACAUUCCGCCCGAGUACGAGGAGGAGGAAGAUGAUGAUGAUGAUGAUCGUGACGAGUUUUUGCACGGCUCAAGUCUUCGUUUAGGAAACAGGAGGUGGGGUGACAAUGGUUUUGUCAGAUCAGGCCGCCAAGAAGCAAGGCCGGCCCAGCAUAAGCACCGAGGUGGUGGCCAAGCUUCUUCUGCCUCUGAAUCCUCCAGCUCUUCUUCUUCCUCACGUGAGCCAAAGGAGAAGACUAGUAGCAGUGCCGCAACGGGAAGGCGUGCGAAGAGGGCAAUGAAGCGUGAGGCUGCAAACAAAGCUGCGGAAGCAGUAGCAGCUGCAAAGCAUGACGCUCUUUUGGUUAGGUUGGGAAGGAAGUGAGUGAGUGUUGUUGUAUCUCUGUAAUUAAAUCAACCAACCCCAAAAUCAAACUGACCGUAUAGCAAGUAGAAUCUAAUAAUGUUUGAGCGACAAAACAUUGUUAGUUUAUUGAAUUUUACAAACUUUCUUGAUCA